CAGCCCGUCGAGAGUGGGAGGGGAAACCCCGUGCGAGGGGCGCCGCCAUCUUGGAUAAGGGGGGUGAUGGGGGCGCAGUGGAGCCAGCGGAGCAGAGCCUGAGGGAGCGCCGGAGCGAGGUGGGGACCCGGCCCGGCCGCUGCCCAGCACGAGCAGAGCGCUCCAGUGCCCGCAGGGCGACCGGGCUGCAGAGCCACGCUGCACGGCGACGCGUUUCCCGAGCCCAGUGCCACAAUGGCAACUGCACCUUACAACUACUCCUACAUCUUUAAGUACAUCAUUAUUGGGGACAUGGGUGUAGGAAAGUCCUGUUUGCUUCACCAAUUCACGGAAAAGAAAUUUAUGGCGGACUGUCCCCACACAAUUGGUGUUGAAUUUGGCACAAGAAUAAUUGAAGUUAGUGGCCAAAAAAUUAAACUACAGAUCUGGGAUACAGCAGGACAAGAGAGAUUCAGGGCUGUCACACGAAGCUAUUACAGAGGAGCAGCAGGAGCUCUCAUGGUCUAUGACAUUACCAGAAGAAGUACGUAUAAUCACUUAAGCAGCUGGCUGACAGAUGCAAGGAAUCUCACCAAUCCAAAUACUGUGAUAAUCCUCAUAGGAAAUAAAGCAGAUCUGGAAGCACAGAGAGAUGUUACAUAUGAAGAAGCCAAACAAUUUGCUGAAGAAAAUGGUUUAUUGUUCCUUGAAGCAAGUGCAAAAACUGGAGAGAAUGUUGAGGAUGCAUUCCUGGAGGCUGCCAAGAAAAUCUACCAGAAUAUCCAAGAUGGAAGCCUGGAUCUGAACGCUGCAGAGUCGGGUGUACAGCACAAACCAUCAGCUCCGCAGGGGGGGCGGCUAACCAGCGAACCCCAGCCCCAAAGAGAAGGCUGUGGCUGCUAGUGACCUCUUUCAUGGCUUCAUUUCUGACCUUUCACCUCUGUCUGUUGGGAGCAGUGCUUUUGAUUGCUUCCCUGUCUUCUGUACAUCUUAUUGGGUUUAAUUAAAACUGAAACAAGUUUAACACAGUACUAAACUGCUAAACAACUUUAGAUGUAAUCAGGUUAUCAAAGGCAAGUAGAGUAAUAAAACCUCUCCUGCAUGGUGAAUCUAGAAGUUUUUUUUCCUUGAUUGUCCUUGUGAUAGUGUCACAGAUACAUAAUUUAAACUGAGCACUGAUGCUGGACUCAUGAUUUUACACUUUUGCAGGGCUUUGUCUUGUACGGUUUAAUUUUAUGGUUCUUCAGCCUUUCUUCCCCACCUCUUAACUGUGUAGAGCUGUCCAUAGUAAAGGAUAAGUUUUUUUGUUUUUUUUUUUUUGCUGUGAAAUGACUUCUGAUGGUAGAAAGGGGCUCCGUACCAAUGUGCUUUGUUGAAAGAAUUCCCCAUGGUGUGCAUGUUGGGGGCAGGGGGGGCUGGCGCAGGAGUGUACAACUUGCACAGGGAAACAAACAUUCAUUCUUGUGCUCAUAGCUUUACAUCAUUUUUUGCCACUUUUAUCCAUUUGCUAACAGAACGUAAAUAUGUAUAAAAUUUGAAGGAACUGAGCUAACAGUUAAAUACAUCCUGUGUAUAUGAUUUUAAUGAAGAAAAUGAUUACUGGCAUUAGAACAGUAUAUAAGAAAAUAUCAGUUUGUACAGUAUGACCUGUAUGUGACCACAUUGCCCAUCAGUACAGACAUAGGUGUAACUGCAGUUCACUAACAGCAGCUUAACUCCUUGGUGUUGACAGUGGACAUUGUGCUGGGGGAACUCUAAUCCCAGUGCUGAAAUUAACACUAGUGGAAUCUGUCCUUCAUCUUUGCACUGUGGUAUAUCUAUGCCAUGUUAUUAAUCCUGUUCUGUGCAAUCAGCAGUGUGCUAACCUGCUUUUUUCUUCUGUAAGCAUUUCGCAUUAUUGGGCUUCAUUACCUGCCUUGCUUUGUAUACCAAGGCUGG